AUGGAUAUUAGCGCAAGUGUCCUUGAGGAUGCGGCGACGCAUCUGAAAAGAGAUGGUUUCGCCAUCGUGCGAGGCUGUCUCGAUGCUGCCUGGCUACGACGUCUGGUCGAUGAGUAUGAAGCACGAGUGGUGCCAGUCAAGCACUCGUUUGAAAUUCGUCGUGAGCGUCAUGGUGCCGAGGGCGAUGAUGGGCUCGCUAGGGUUGUGCACAUUUCCAACAUGCACGAAUUGCCCGGCUUGGCGCACCUGGCAGCCGACUGGAGAUUGCUCAAGGUAGCCUCAGCAUGCUUAUCAAACAAAGGCGUCCGGCCCAUCAUCAACAUUGAGCUUUUCGACAAGCCACCCUUGGGAAACAGCUCCACUGCAACGCCGCCCCACCAGGACAACUUCUACUUCAAGGCCUCCGAGCCGGGCAUAGCCUUGUGGAUCGCUUUGGAUGACAUGGAUGACUCAAGUGGCACUUUACGCUAUGUGCUCGGCAGUCAUUUGGCAGGCUUGCGUGUUCACGAAUGGGACUGGGGCCCAGCUGGGUUUGCCAAAAACAUCUAUGAUUAUGGUGAUGCUGACGACGACAUGGAGCGAUCGGCUGGACACCUUAAUCCCGGAGACGUCGUGGUGCACCAUGGGCUGACUAUUCAUCAUGCAUCGGCCAAUCUCACAGCCAAACGUCGAAGGGCUGUGACCAUCAACUAUGUCGCGGAACAUGUUGCCCACAGCAUCGCGGAUGAUUUGUACCAACCAGCCCUCGUUUUCCACAUCAUGGGGGAAAGCCAGCUGAAAGCAGCAAUGCCAAAGUGGCCCGAGAGACGAGUGUUGGCCAGCACGGCUGUUCAAUGUGCGCUUGCAAGACCGCAGUCUUCGAGCAUCCCUGGCAGAGUUUCUUUCGAAGACGACCAGCUUGUCUUGAAUAUCCACGGAUGUCUAGAAGAAGCUAUCGAAGCAUUGGUGUGCUCGGGGCAUGCAGUUCUUGGGAGGCGAUGCGACUUGCAUCAGACUUCCAUUGCUGCUUCCGAAAACGCUGCAAACCACAGUGGAGUCUGGAUUCUGAGAGAUGAUGUGUUGGAAGGAAUUUGGAUCCAGGCUUCUUGCGGAGCUUUUGUCGACAUUUGCUCACCGGUGUCUUUGCGCAAGGUUGAGCAGCCAGACACCGCUGCCGUUGUGGAGCAGCAUGCGGCAGCCGGUAUGUUGUGCGACGGUUUGCAUGGAGUCUACAAGCAGCAGCUAACGAGCUUCCAAUGUUCAUGGCGUCCGCAGCAGAUUGGUCUGCACAGCGACGAGGGCGACUCAGGAGAGAGAGCCGCAGAAAGGCUGAUCCAAGAAGCGACUGUCCAAUGUCCGCGCCAGCUCGUCUGGCAUCGCGAGGCAACCAGUACUGCCACCGUGCUGCGUCUUGAAGGCAGGCUUGGAUGGUGGGUUGUCAGUGGCAGCUGGUGGGGCCGAGUUCUUGGCAGAGAAGACCAUGAUAUCGUGAAGCGUGUAGGCUGCAAAUCGCUUUGGCAUUUGAUCUCAACCUAUUCUCAAGACCUGGGCCUGGACGAGAACGCUGCCAUCCAGGGCUGCCAAGCAAUUUUCGGACGCGUUGAAGAGCCGGGCAUCCUGCGGAUUCUGCAAAGCCUCGACCCUUCUCAAGCCGGGUCCUUGUUUCUCGAUGGAUCUUCGAAGUGGCUGAUUCGUGCAGAGCGGGACAUUCUGAAGGAGUCAUGGUCAACAUUGGAUUGGAGAGUCGUCGAUGGUCACAGUGGCCUUACGACUCUCGGCAUUUCUGGUCGCUUGAAACGCAAACCAGCCGGGCCGCCGACGAGCGAGUAG